AUGUCUACACCAUUAAAAUCAAUCAAAUCAAAUGAAUUAUAUACAAAUUUUUCAAAUGGUUUGAAAUCAUUCAAAGAUUUAGCAUUAAAUAAUGAACAUGAAGGUUUAACAAGUCAAAAAUCCAAAAUUAGAUCAAUUAAAUCUCAUCAAGAAAUUAAUCCAUUAAUUAAACAAACAGAUGAUGAAUUAUUAGCACAAAUUGGUUAUAAACCAGAAUUAAAACGUCAAUUUUCCACAAUUCAAGUGUUUGGUGUUGCAUUCUCCAUUAUGGGAUUAUUACCUUCUAUAGCAUCAGUUAUUGGACAAUCAUUUACUACAGGUUCAUCAAGUGCAAUUUGGGGUUGGUUUAUAUCUGGUGGAUUAAUUUUAUUAAUUGGUAUUUGUAUGUCAGAAUUAGCAAGUUCAAUACCAACAUCUGGUGGACUUUAUUAUUGGACUUAUCAUUAUGCUCCAGAGAAUUGGAAAAUCCCUCUAAGUUUCCUUGUGGGUAAUUCAAAUACUGUGGCAUUAACUGGUGCUUUAUGUUCAAUUGAUUAUGGAUUUGCUAAAGAAGUUUUAUCAAUUGUUUAUAUUUCCAAAGAUGGUGAUUUUGAAAUAACAGAUGCAAUGACUUAUGGAGUUUAUUGUGCAUGUAUCUUAAGUCAUAUUUUGGUAACUUGUUUAGCUUCGAAAAACAUUGCAUCAUUACAAAGUUUUUCCAUAGUUUCAAAUGUGUUAUUAAUUAUUUUUUUCAUAAUUGUUAUAUUAGUUGGUACUGGUACUUCAUCAUCACAUCAUUUUAAUAAUGCAUCAUUUAUAUUUGGUAAUCUUGAAACUUCAUUAAGUGAUUGGUCUUCAGGUUGGUCAUGGAUUAUGAAUGGUAUGUUACCAUGUAUUUGGACAAUUGGAGCAUUUGAUUCAUGUGUUCAUAUGUCAGAAGAAGCGAAAAACAGUUCAAGAUCAGUUCCAAGAGGUAUAUUGGGGUCAAUAACUGCAUGUUGGUUAUUAGGUUGGAUAAUUUUAAUUGUUUGUGGAGCUGUUAUAAAUCCAGAUUUAAGUUCAGUUAUUGAUUCAGAAUCUGGUCAACCAAUGGCUGAAAUUAUUUAUCAUUCAUUAGGUAAAAAAUGGUCAAUUUCAUUCAUGUCACUUAUUGCAAGUUGUCAAUGGCUUAUGGGUGCUUCAACAAUAACUGCUACAUCAAGACAAAUUUGGGCAUUUGCUAGAGAUAAUGGAUUAAUUUUUUCACAAUUUGUUAAAGUUGUUAAUAAAAAAUUAUCUGUACCUAUUAGAGCUAUUUGGUUUAAUGGUGUAUUAGCUAUAAUUAUGGGGACGUUAUGUCUUAUUGGACCAACUGCAGCAAAUGCAUUAUUUACAUUAUAUAUCUGUGGUAAUUAUUUUGCAUGGGAAAUACCAAUCAUGUUGAGAAUAUAUAGAUCAUUUGGUCCUGUUGAUUCAAUUUAUAAAUUUAAACCAGGUUUAUUUUAUAUGGGUCCCCGUUUAAGUCCAAUUAUAAAUUGGAUUACAAUUUUUUUCACAAAUUUUGUUAUUAUAAUGGCAAUGUUUCCAACUUCACCUCAUGUUGAUAAAGAAAAUAUGAAUUAUACUGUUGUUAUAACAAUGAGUACAUGGAUUUUAUCAAUGAUUUAUUAUUAUAGUUAUGCUAAAAAGACAUAUUUUGGCCCUAGAAAUACAUUGGAUGAACAAGAACAAGAUAGUGAUGAUUAUAUUGAAGGGAAUGAAAUGUUGAAUAUUGAUGAUAUUAUCGAGGAUAAGAAAGAGUGA